AUCAACUUCGGCCUGGACGACGACACGAACAUCCUGGUGGACACGGACGACUGGUCCGACAAAUGCGAAUCCGGUCAGAUCUGGGAUCCCUUCGGCAACUUCUGCCGCGACGUCUACUGCUCCCCUCAAAUCCCGGCCAGCCUCCCUACAAAAAACCUAGGUGAUGUGAUUUCAGGCCGUUCUCGCUAUGACGCCCCCGAGAAGGCGAAUUCGCUUCGAGGAAGUCCAUCCUCGAAAUGCAUCCACGUCGGGAACCAGCUCCACGUCUGGAUGUGGAUCUACGGCGAAGAGAACCUGGAAAAACCUCCCGUCACCGACCUGAAAACCGGCCUGGUUUUUCUCGGCUGGAAUUCAUCGUGGGAUUCGUCACGGGAUUCGGACCUGGACUCGGAUCAUAAUUUCGAUCGAAAUUCGUUACUGGAUUCGGAUCUGGACUCGGAUCAUAAUUCCGAUCGAAAUUCGUCAAGGGAUUCGGAUCUAGAUUCGGAUCAUAAUUCUGAUCGAAAUUCGACACUGGAUUCGGAUCGGGACUCGGAUCUUUAUUCAGAUCGAAAUUCGUCACAAGAUUUAGAUCGGGAUUCGGAUCGCUACCGUCCCUGGCGCCGGAUUCCGCAUAUUGGAUGUUUCCAGCCCAACCCCGCCGGAUCGUGCUGGUUCCCUCCCUCGGAGAUCGAAGACCUUCCGAGGUGUCAUCCCGACGAGGAACGAUUCUUGGACUUGUCCUACGACUUCUUCCUUCGCAGCUUCCUUUUUUUUUGGGACAUUUCGUUGUCGGACGACGAAAGCGAGUUGUACUGGAUGUUCUUCCCUCCCUCCCUGUCCGUCAUGAUCAACUUCGGCCUGGACGACGACACGAACAUCCUGGUGGACACGGACGACUGGUCCGACAAAUGCGAAUCCGGUCAGAUCUGGGAUCCCUUCGGCAACUUCUGCCGCGACGUCUACUGCGACGACGACUACGAGCUUCACGGCAACGAAUGCAUCGAGAGCGACUCGGAAGCCCCAGACGACAUCUUCACCCUCAGCACCCUCGAGGCGAUCGUGAUCCUGGAAGUAGAAGCCAUCGGCCGCGAAGAAGACUGGAUCAUCGAAGAAUUCGAGCGCAUCAUCCCCACAAAAAUCGGCUCAUACCUCAGCAUCUCCCCCUCCCGCAUCCUCAACGUCUCCCUCACCCUCACCGGCGACUGCAACUGGCUCGAAGUCGCCCACAACGACACCUGCCACCGCGACCUGACCGUCGGCUUCCUCCUGAUCGCCGGCUCGGACCCCGACGAACCCAACGUCGACACCGCCGUCGCCCAGAUGACCUACGACAUCACGAAGGGAAGGUUCUUCCUCGAAGUCUGCGAGGUCCUCUUCAGCGUUCAAGGAAUCCACGAAUACCCAACGGAAGAUGGCUAUAGGAGCUUCCAAGAAUGGUGCAGAGGUGGAAGAAUCCGGAAGUACAUGAACGAUGAGUUUUCGCUUGAGCUCACCACUGUGGGGCCAGAAAACGACACGAGCUGGGAGAUUCAGGUGGUCCUGACGGAGACGGACGAACGUUACGGCGCGGGCGAAUACGUGGCGAACAUCUUCUUCCAAGGCAGCAUCUGGCGCAGCUGGAAGAACUUAUCCGGGGCCGUCGCCGUGUGUACGGACCGGCCGUGGAUCGAGGACGAAUCGUGCCUCCGCAUGACGAUGAACGCGAGCGAUUUCCUCACGGUCCUCACGCCCGACGCGACGACGGACGUCGCGCUCGCGUACCUGGGCGACCUGCCGUACGUGUCGAAGGUGCUUCAUCGGAACGAGUACAGGGUCCUUCCGUCGGGAGAGAUCGAGUGCUGCAUCGACCCGAGGACCUCCAGCGACUGGAGCGAGUACGAUGACGUCUUCGAGGUCGUGGAGUGCAUCAGUUUCGUGGGGAUGUGCGUCUCGGUCGUGGGACUGGGGUUCAUCCUCUUCACUUACGGCUUCUUUCCGACCUUGAGGAACACUCACGGUUGGAACGUGUUCAAUCUUUCCUUCAGCCUUUUUGCCUUCCAGGUGGGGUUUCUCGUCGGGAUGGGGUUGUACGCCCGGGAGUCGUUGUUGAGGUGGCAGUGCGUCUUUUUUGCCGUUUUCAUUCAUUACUGGAUUCUCGCUGCGUUUUUCUGGAACAACGUCCUCGCCAUCGAUCUGUAUCGCACGUUCGGGGGAAUGAAGAGGGUUCGGAACGGCGGGAACAGAACGGUGCGGUAUUCCCUCUACGCCUAUUCGUGUCCUCUGGGGAUCGUGGGUUUGUCCCUGGCGUUGGAUCUGACCCACGCUUGGAACGUGGGGUACGGGGAUUACUUCUGCUGGAUCGGGAAUCCCUUGGCCAAUACGAUCGUCUUGGCGCUGCCGAUGGUCGGGAUCCUCGUUUGCAACGGGAUCCUGUACGCGUUGACGGUAACUUCGAUAAGGCGGACGGCGGCGGAGGUGAACUCGAGGCGACAGGGCAAGGGAAUGGGGAAGGCGAAGGUGUACGCGAGGAUGUCGGCUGCGAUGGGUUUCACGUGGCUGGCUGGGAUCCUGCCGAGCGUCUUCUCCUUCGAUGUCGUCGCCUCGUUGGUCUUCGUGGUCGCGUUCGUGUGUCUCAAUGCGACGCAGGGGGUCUACGUCUUUGUGGCUUUCGGUUGUAACUCCAAGAUCUUUAGGUUGUACGGGGAUCUGUUCGCGAGGGAGUCACACGCUGUUCAUCGUGAAACGAGUGCUGUGUAUGAAGACAACUCUCAACGUCGUAUCUAUAAGUGGUACGACAAGUUCGCUCCUGGACGCCCGAGUGUCGUCGACGACGCGGCCUGGUCAUCCAAAUACGGCCUCGACAGCCGCGACGCCCACUCGUCGUCGACGACAAUUGUGCGUAAUGCAGCGAUCUUUGUCAUACCACUUAUAGGAAUGACAUUACGACCUUCAGUUGUCUCCAUACACGGCACUCGUUUCGCGAUGAAUGAUCGUCGGAGUGUGACCCUGCGCCCGUGGGUACCUGAUCACACUCCUCUGCUCCUCACACGUUGA